AUGGCGGACGCAGAAGAAAAGGCUCGAGCUGAGAAGCUUGCUGCUGCGAAGAAAAGGGUAGCGCAAAUACAGAAACAAAAGGGGAAGAAAGGGAAGAAAGGGGAAUCCAGUAAACAAACUGCUACAUUACCGGAAGCGGGGGACAAAGCCCCAGCUCCAGAAUCUAAACAGGAGCCAGAGCCAGAGCCAGAGCCAGAACAACGGCCAGAGGCGGAAUCUCCGAAAGGCACUACCGUUGAAAAGGACGAUGCUGAAGAAGCAGUUGCAGAAGUGCCAAUUUCUACCGAAGAGCCAACAGAUGACAGUAAUAAGAAGGAGGGAGAUGGCGACGAACCACCGCCCAAAGUUCGAACUCAUGGUCGUCAGCCAUCGAUAUCUGUUCAAUCCAAACUACGCUCCUCAUCGUUUCGUCAAGACUCAAAAUUACCUGGAGUCAGCACCAGUUCUUCUGGUGUCAAAUCUCCUACAUUGCCUCUCAGUCCUGACGGAAGCACGGCACCAGAAAUGUUCAGGAAACAAGCUAUAAGGCUGGAGGAACUAGAGAAGGAGAAUAAACGCUUGGAAAAAGAGGUGGAAAUGACAAGUGCAAAGUGGAAAAAGUCGGAGGAACAGCUUGAUGAUUUACGUGAGGCUAGCACCGAAACUAUCGAGCUGAAAGCGAAGCUUGCAAAAGCCGAAAUGCAGGCAGAGGAAGUGGAGAAGCUUAAAGCAGAAAUAAGUGCUCUACAACGACAAAACUCCCAUCUUCAUACUCGAUCACAUCGACCAUCGAAUAGUGUCGCAGUGUCUGGGAAUGCGGACUCGCCAGUGUCUGAACUACAGAGCCAACUAGAUGCAAAAUCAGCGACAAUUGAAAAUAUGGAGAUGGAAAUAUCUAAUCUACGAGCACAGUUGAACUCUCAAUCUACCCACUCUUCUGCACACGAGGAGCAAAUUUCGGCUUUGGAAGAUAAGCUAUCUCGCAGUGAAAGUGCACUAGAAAAGUCACAGAGAGAGCUUGCAGAUGCCAAACAAGCUAUUAGUCGAGCCGCGGAGAAAGCAGUUAAAGAAGGCGUAGACAAGACAUCUACCGAAACCCUUGUUAAGAGCUUAGAACGUCAACUGCGAGAAUCUGAGGAAGCUAAGGCUGAAGCCGAUAGAAGAGCAGACCUAUUGGAGAAAAAGUUGCAGGCUCUAAGCAAUCUGCAUAAGGAGUCUGAAAGUCGGCAUCAAACCCGUCUAAGAGAACGGGACAAAUUUGAAAAAGAUGUAGCAAUUCUAACGAAAAAGAUAGCGACAACCGAAAAUGAGAAUCUCAGGCUUAAAGAGGAACGGGAUCGGCUGAGAAAGCGCGAGGCCUCAGGCACCGGAGCUGACGAAGGCCUAGAUGAGCUCGAAGACGAAGAGCGGCUCCGUCUCGAGCGUAAAGUUCGAGAUUUGGAGGGAGAAGUUUUUGAUCUUCGACGAGGUAUCUGGAAAGAACGAAAACGUGAACUCUCAUCUCAUAAUGAUGACCAGGGUGUCCAUGCAGAUGAAAAGCUUUUAACUGGUACAUUCGACGAUGUCGACCUCAUUGGAGGUGCGCCGGGAGGACAUAGUUAUACUGGCCGUCGCAGCAUAACCCAGAGGCCACAACAACACUCUUCUUUUGCGACUGUGUUUCAGAGCGGCCUUUCUGCGUUUACUGGUGCGCAGGAUCAAGAUAGAGGCCGUAAGAGCUUCGACUAUGGCUCCCAUCCGGACCCGAAUGAUGAUUUCCUUGACGAUGAUGCGUUCGAUGAGGAUGCCUUUGCUCGUGCGCAAGAGGAGGAAGAGGCCAAGAACCGAGUAGAAUGGGCGCGAGAGAUUAAAGGAAAGCUGAAAAACUGGAAGGGUUGGCGGUUAGAUCUUGUGGAAUGUCGGUAUGGAGCUCAGGGGGCUGGGAUUGGGCUGGGGGAAAUCUUUGAGGCAUGA